AUGUCUGCCUAUAAGAGUACAAACCCUCAGGGUUUAGGCGAGGGUUUAGGCGAGGGUUUAGGCAAGGGUUUGCUGCGUUGGGGUGUAUCGACUGUCUCCUCACAGGGAGACACAGCAGCAGCAAAGGAUACACCAAGGGAGGAGACAGCAGCAGCAACAGCAGCAGCAGCAGAAGCAGAAGCAGAAGUAAUACCAGGAGAGGAGGAGGAGACAGCAGCAGCAGCAGCAGCAGCAGCAGCAGCAAAACGGCAGCUGUCUGAUCACUAUAGGGGACAAAGAGACACAUCAGGAGAAGCAACAGACACUUCUGCUGCUGCUGCUGCUCCUGCUCCUGCUGCUGCUGCUGCUGCUAGUAGGGGAGCUGCUGCUCCUGCUGUCCCUCAAGUGUUGCUGCAGGCUGCUGCUGAUGAUUAUCAUUAUACCCCAGAGAAACAGCAGCAGCAACUUGAGCAAUGGAUAAAGCAGCAGCAGCAGCAGCGUCAGCAGCAGCAGCAGCAGCAGCAGCAGCAGCAGCAGCAGCAAGGCAUAGCAGCAGAUACAGCAAAGAAGAAUAUUUGUUACACUCGUUUCCAAGUAGGGAUCGGUUGGAUCCGUGGAUUGGAGACGUCUCCCCAUCCAGCAAGAGGAGUCCUUCCUCGUCCUGAGUUACUAACAGGUAUAACAGAGACAGGAGCAGCAGGAGCAGCAGCAGCAGCAGGAGCAGCAGCAGGCUGCAUAUCUAGCUGCCUGCUGCUCUCCUGUGUCCUAUGGGGGCCCCUAGAGGACCCCCUUGAGGUCUUCUCGAUCUUCCAGGGGGCCCACUGGUUACCUGCAUGGGGGAAAAGGGUUACAGCACCAGUGUGUACAAGACCUAGCGAGGAGCCUAAUGCCUUAGGGAAGGAUGACGCAAUUGUGCAGCAAGAAUUGGAGAUCUAUUUGUCUCCUUCUAUAGCAAAAAAAUUAAAUACGGAGACACCAGCAGCAGCAGCAGCAGCAGCAGCAGCAGGAGGAGGAGGAGGAGGAAAAGGACAACAAAAAGGAGGAGGAGGAGCAGCAGCAGCAGCAGCAGCAGGUAAUAAGGAGGAUGAUGAUCCCCCUCUUGCUUUUUUAUCUGUUAUACAUAUAACAAAGAAGAAAGUACAUGAGCAGCAGCACAGCAGCAGCAGCAGCAGCAGCAGCACGCUGCUGCGUCCCCCUACUAAUGUAAUUAGUAAUGAGGAGACACCAAUAGCCUAUGACUAA